UGUCUACAGCUUUUGAUAGGAGCAUCAAGUAGGAAGAGCGGCUACCCUGCAGAAUAGCUUCGGGGAUACCUCGACUUGGGCUCGCAAAAGCAUGAAUCAUCGUGUAUCCUCACUGAGCCUUCGAACUUCGCAUGGGAUCAGUUGAGCAAGGUUUGACCGCCUUCUAAGCAAUCCACAGGAAAUGAACUUCUAUACUACGCAAACCAUAAUACUUCACCGCAAAAUUCCAUUACCUUUCUUGCACAAUGGACAUUAAUCAAGUACCGUGUUUCGGCUGAUAAUUCUAGCUUUCCUACCAUCUCGUAAAGUCUACCAGGGUUCGAUGAUUUGCUGCGCCCAACUUUCUGUGGUUCGAGCGUAUCAUGAUUGGUUGACCUAACAAGAUCUUGCCGUCGUGAAAACUACCAUGGUUCACACUCAUGCAGCGCCACUGUACUUGCUCUAAAACACCGGUACAUCUUUCUGCUUUUUUGUACUCGGUGUUCUUCGCUUGGUUCAAUUAAGGUUAUAGCAACUGUUGUUGCACAAGUGUAUUGAUACUUAUGGAACCCCUUCAUCCGUGAAGCUAAGCCUUACGUCUACCUUCCAAAUUCCUACGUAACACUUCCUGUUGCACUGAAAAUAAUCUGCACAUAACAUUUCUAAUUUCUCAGACAUGGAAAGUUUCGAAAAGCAUAGUGCCCAACCGGCAGUCCAACAACGAAUACCUCUGCUCUCAGGAAUCUAUAGUCCACCUCCAACCCAUGAACAUGGUCCUGACGCUGCAAAACGAUAUGAACCUCUUGAAAAUGGAUCAGAAUUUAUCAUAAGCCAGGCAAAAACACCACACCUUCCCACAGACUCAAGUUUCUCAGAUCAGCCCCCACGACAUCAGCGAGGAAGCAGUACAAACCGCUUUGGCAUCCUCAGCAAAGUCUUCGCAACAACCGGCCCUCCUUCUCCAAAAUUUGAAACUACUUCUAUCACUAUCCUCUUAUUACCUCAAGCGGGUACACGACCCCUUCUCCUCACUCUUCGUACCAUCGAUAUCCGCCUCGAAGGACAUAAAGACAAUCACCUGUCGCACAUCCCCGAUAUGCGCUCAUUUUGGGGCGAUGGCGGUGCCUGGCACACUCGGAUACAAAAAUAUUCUUCCCUAGCCAUGGCCAAAGAUUCCGCAGAUCACGCUUUAACAGGAACAUACAUGCUGUUAUACACGCCGGAAGGAAACGGAUUACCUCUGAACGAGAGAUGGACUGCAGGAGUUGGUGGUGAUGCAUGUAUAGUGAAGCUGGGAAAGAAUAUUUGGGGGAAAGGGGGAGCGGCUGCCUAUGAGGAUAUUGACAAGGAGUUUUUGGAUAGUGGGUUGUACAAAAAAAUGUUGAUGGGACUGUUUGAUAGUCAUUCGAGGAGUUCGAAGUCCUCGAAGGGUUCGAGGUCGGGUGCGGGUAAACAAGAGAAGGAGAGUAUUGAUAAGGAGACUUCGUGAGGCACAGGUGCUUCUACAUAUAUUUAGCUGUCCUUUGUGGUUUACUCAAAGACGUCAUGGCUGGGUGUUCUGCGCUCUUUUUCGGUUCGCGGAGUACAAAUUAUUGGCGGGAUAGGCUUUGAAAUGGCGUUUUGAGGUAC